AACAAGCAUGAAGUCAGGAGGAACUAAGAAUCUUUUAGUUUCGAUCGUUCUUGUUAUGGUCUUGAUCCUAAACAGUGUUGCCACUGCUGAUGAUAAUUCUAGCACCAGCCAUGGCAUUCCAUCAGGCACGUGGAGCUCUUCAAGAUCCAGAACUAGCUCUGUUUCGUCAAGAGAUGGGCCAGGAUUGCCAGGACAAUGGUCCCUCUCGUAUAAUCCUCAAUCUGAAAGACAUUCUUAUGAUACAAACAAUCCUCAUGUUGAUGAUAUUAUUAACAGUGCUCCAGUGCAUAUUAAGGUCGACUCGAAAGAUAGCAACAAGGAAUAUAGCGGACAUGGAAUCCCCUUUGGAACAUGGAGUACAUCCACUGACGAAAUUAGUUCUGCCUCUACUAGGAUUGCUCCAGGGAGUGUAGGACAAUGGUCCCCAUAUUCCUCUCCUCCAAGUUAUGAAGAAUCUCUUGCAACUCAUCAGCCUACCCCAAGGAAUCUCGAGGCCUCACAAACUGUAACUAGUAGUGCCUCAGGAACUAGUCUUACUGCUAGUACUACCCAUCAGACUAGAGCUUCUUCAGAUUCCACUGUUAGAGCUACUUUGGCCCAUUCGACAGGACCAGCUCGCAGCUCAACUUCUAUUCACAGAGCUUCAACUGGAAAGAGUACUGCUGGUCACAGCAGUGCUGGUGCUAGUGCAGCUGUUCAUGCAGGAUCUGCAACUGCUCACUCAAACUUAAAUGCUACCGCAGCCUUCAGAGCUGGGUCUUUUGAGCCUGUUGCUCAUCAUGCAGCUGUGGUCGAACCAGUCGUCCAUCGUCCAGGUUUUGCUGAGCCAAUGGCUUACCAAACAGCUGUAGUUGAGCCUUUCCAUCAAGGUGCCUUAGUCGAGGAAGUCCUUCCAUCUCACUACAGAAACUCAAUGGCUUAUGAAAGACCAGGUGCUAUAGUUGAAGAAGUAGCCGUUGCUCCAGUCAGGAUUGAAAGGCCCUACAUUUUAGAAGAGAGAGCUGUUUUCGAAGACGUAGUUAUCGAGCAUGAUUCUCCAAUAGUAGAAUUCCAAAGACAUUUACCAACGACUGAGAAUCAGAAAUUUAUCAACGAAUAUAAUAAGAAGAAAUAUCCAGGCCUUAUCUUUGGUGUUGACGAAGAAAUCGAAAUUGAGAAAUGCUUCCAUCAGGCUAUUGAUUACUAUCAAGACGCCCAAGUUGAAGAGAUCUAUGAAGACGGAGUUAUUCAAAGCCCCUUUGGAUCAAAACAUGUCAGGAGUCCUUCUUUCUCUCAUGUAAACAGGCCAGCGAGACAACAUGAAGAAGUCCUCGAGAAAUGCGUUCACAAGACAAUUAUCGCUCCGACUUCUGAGAAUGGAGUGAGGAUCCCUCAAGUUAGAUAUUUGAACCUCACCCAAAUUAAGACUGGGACUUUUGAAUGGCCAGUUGUGAGAAAAGCUCAGGUUUUGGCAAGAAAAACUGUUGAAAAGACUGUUACUAUUCCACAAGUUGGAUUCGUUGACUUGUGCCAAGAUCACCCAACUAACGAACAUUCAGUAAUUAUUCCGCAAGUUCAUACUGUUCUGGUUGAGCAGAUAGUUCAUACUGAUGAAUGUGAGGUGAGCAUUCCACAAGUCCAUAAAAUUUGGAUUCCAAUCAUGGGAGAUGUUACAGUUGACCAGUAUCCAACGAAAACAAGGAGAGUCAGUUUGAAGCAAGAAUGGGACUGCACUAUCAGAUGUGAAGAUACUAGGGUUCACUUUAUUAAAAUCCCACAGAGAGAUGAAGGUAUCUCCGGAACUGUAAUCAAGAACCCAUACAAUGAAGGUAAAAAUAUUUGCCACAACUGUCAUACUUCUAAAUGUGCUGGUGUUGGGCCAUCUUUGAACCCAUUCUUAAUCAAUGAGCACAGAGAUACAACUCCAGCUGCUGCUCCUGUUGUUGUACAAGCACCAGCUCCUGAACCGGAGGUUAGAGUUGAGACUAAAUAUGUUGAAGUAAUAAAAGAAGUGCCUAUUCCAUGUCCUGAGCCAGAACCACAAGUAGUUAUUGCUCCAACUCCUGCACCAGUGGAAGCUCCUGCACCAGCUCCAGAGCCAGAAGUAAAGGUAGUAACAGAGACAGUGUACGUUGAAGUGCCAGCUCCAGUAGCUGAGCCACAAGUAAUUUACCAAAAGCAAGAGCCAACUGAAAUUCAUCACAUCAAGCUUGGCCAGUGCCCUUGCUCAGAAACUAUUGUCGCUAACCCAGUGUCCUUCGCAGAGGGAGCUCCUGGAGCUCCAAUCCAAUUCUUACAAGGAGGUGCUGCUGAAGCUUCUGGAGGCUUCCCAUGGUGGCUGAUUCCUCUCCUUUUAUUCUUACCUCUCCUCCUAGCUAUGCUUCUAGCAUGGCUCCUCUGUAGAGGUAGAAACAGAAAGGAAAUAGUCGCAGCUGCUCCUGUUGAGCAAGACUCUCCAAAAAAGAAAUUCGUUAUUGCAAAGACAACCAGAGAAGAAGCUGAAGAAGAAAUUGAGAGAGAAAUUGCAAGACAACUAGAAGCGAGAGCUCAUGGUAAAGGGAAUGCAGCAGCCGUAGGAGGUGGUCAUAUUGCCGGUGCUGAAGAAAGAAAAAUAGAAAAUGCUCACCAAGUCCAAGCUAUUCAAGAAGCAAGAGGUUCGCAAGAAGCUAAUGUUGCUGGAGAGCAGAGAGUCAUCCAACAGGAGACAUCAAUCGUCACCAAGAAUGUCAAAUCUGCCCAUGAUGCCAAGAUCGGUCAUGUAGGUGCCGAAAGCACUGCAGUGGCAGCCAUUGGAGGAGCAAGAGCUGGUGGUGUUAUCGAAGAAGGAAAAGCAGCUAGUGCUGGGUCACCAGGUACAAGAAUCAAGCAGCAAAGACCAGAAAGCCCUGGCUCAUCUCGUGGCUCAAGAGGAAGAGACAGAUCUUCUAGAGGAUCAGGCUCAAGCAAAAAGGUCGUCAAGAAGAGAAUUGUCAAGAUGAUGAAACAAGGAAAACUUGUAGCCGAGAAGGAAGAGAUUCUUGAUGCCGAAGGAAAUGUCAUCAGAACAGAGAUUAGAAAGGAAGGCUUUACCAGUGGCUCCCCAGAUAGAGCAUCAUCUUAAUUCUGAUUCUUUGCAUGAUUCACUCUGAUAAUUCAACAAUUUUAU